AAGCCCCCAACCCGCUUCCUCCGGUGAAGACGUAGCUGCGGGUGGCGGCGGUAGUAGCGGCGUCCAAGAUGUCGACCAAAAAUUUCCGAGUCAGUGACGGGGACUGGAUUUGCCCUGACAAAAAAUGUGGAAAUGUAAACUUUGCCAGAAGAACCAGCUGUAAUCGAUGCGGUCGGGAAAAAACAACUGAGGCCAAGAUGAUGAAAGCUGGGGGCACAGAAAUAGGAAAGACACUUGCAGAAAAGAGCCGAGGCCUAUUUAGUGCUAAUGACUGGCAAUGUAAAACUUGCAGUAAUGUGAAUUGGGCUAGAAGAUCAGAGUGUAACAUGUGUAAUACUCCAAAGUAUGCUAAAUUAGAAGAAAGAACAGGAUAUGGUGGUGGUUUUAAUGAAAGAGAAAAUGUUGAAUAUAUAGAAAGAGAAGAAUCAGAUGGAGAAUAUGAUGAGUUUGGACGUAAAAAGAAAAAAUAUAGAGGGAAAGCAGUUGGUCCUGCAUCUAUAUUAAAGGAAGUAGAAGAUAAAGAAUCAGAGGGAGAAGAAGAGGAUGAGGAUGAAGAUCUUUCUAAAUAUAAAUUAGAUGAGGAUGAGGAUGAAGAUGAUGCUGAUCUCUCAAAAUAUAAUCUUGAUGCCAGUGAAGAAGAAGAUAGUAAUAAAAAGAAAUCUAAUAGACGAAGUCGCUCAAAGUCUCGAUCUUCACGAUCUUCAUCACGCUCAUCCUCCCCCUCAAGUUCAAGGUCUAGGUCCAGGUCCCGUUCAAGAAGUUCUUCCAGUUCGCAGUCAAGAUCUCGUUCCACUUCCAGAGAACGUUCGAGAUCUCGUGGGUCGAAAUCAAGAUCCAGCUCCAGAUCCCACAGGGGCUCUUCUUCCCCACGAAAAAGAUCUUAUUCAAGUUCUUCAUCUUCUCCUGAGAGGACCAGAAAGAGAAGUCGUUCUAGAUCUUCUUCACCUGGUGAUCGAAAAAAAAGACGAACAAGAUCACGGUCACCCGAAAGGCACCACAGGUCAUCUUCUGGAUCAUCCCAUUCUGGUUCCCGUUCAAGUUCAAAAAAGAAAUAGUGUAUUAAAAUUUACAUCUUACAAAAAAAAAUCCACUACAGUGCAUGAAGCAUAUUUUUUAAGAAAUUGAUGUCUUACUUUGUCAGAAGUGCUAAAUCUGCUAAUAGAGGUGCAUGCCUUUAUUGAUUUUUCAGAACAGAGCAGUACAACUGUGUUUAUUUGUGAAAGUAAAAGUAAAUUGCAUUUUAAGCCAUAAUUUCCCCCAAGUAGAUGCUCUAUUCAUUAUUUUACAACCAUUUGCUUCAUUUAAAACCAUAAGAAUACUUUGUUUCCUGAUUUAAAUUCUGAGUACAUCCUAUCCUAUUGCCUAAGGCAAGAUUUUCUAAGUUAGUCUGAACUUAUAGGCAGAACUAAACUACUUGGAAGCUAGGUUUGUCUGGCAUACAGGCAGGACUAAACUAGUUGGAAACAACCUUAUGUGGAGCUGGGAAAAGCCUAUUUAUGUUAUUAACCUAUGUCAGAAUGGUUUUUAAGUUUUAGAGCUGCCAACUGAAACUUUAUUUUAAAUUCCCUAUAUUCAGGGUGCCUUAGCAUCAUUUUCUUUCUUUUAUCCAGCUUUAUACCAGUUUUGCACCACCAUCUAUAAUGCAAAAACAAAUUGUAGAAGGAGAAUGGUUUUCCUUUCUGACCCAUGGGGCAAGGAAGACCUAACAGUUCAUCUGAUAUUGUCGACUGAAAACAACAUCUUAUUCAAAAUGUUUAUCUUAAAACUUUAAGAAGCUUUUAUUGAUAACCUUUAAAAGUCCAAUUGUCAAAUACAAUAGGGUUGCAAAGGGUAAAUCAUAGUGAGCCGACUGAAGAACGCUUUUGAGGUGUACUUCUGGUGAAAGGCCAACGAAGACAUUGUGAACUUAAGAGAAUGUUUGCCAUGUUUAAUUUUCAAUAAGCUUUGUAAAGUUUUUUUUUUUGUAAUUACAAAUGUUUAUUUCUAUACAAUUUAAUGAGCAAAACCCAUUAUUCGCUCAAAAAAAAUUUAUGGCUUAAAAUGCUUUCAGUUUUAAUUCUCAGAAUUAGUAUCUGGUCAUUUGGACUCCAUUUUGUUUUUCUGGCUUAAAAGUAGAAAGGUUUCUCUUAACAGUAUCUUCAAAGACAAUGCAAGGUAAGUAUCUUAAGGGAUAUCAAAAAUUGUGCUUGGGGGCUCUUUUUAUGGGGUAUUAAUCUCCUUUUCUUGUUAUUCCCCUCCCUGCUUAAUAUUGUCUGCUGCAAUUUAAAGGCGUUUUACGGUGUUUGGUAGACAAACCAAAAUGUUUUUUAUUUUAAAGUGAGUGGUUUUUUUUUUUUCUCUUCACCUGAUCUAAAGAUGAAAAGAUACGUAGAAAUAUUUUGAUAAUAUUUUUACAACAAGCUUUCCCAUGUUUUUAUGUCUUAAUUUUCCUUGCUACAUGUAUUGUAGGUUGCACAAGAAUUUUUAUUCUCUUGUAAUUGUGCCUCAACUUUUUGAAAAUCACCUUCUAAGUUGCCCAGGUGAUCUUCUAAAUGAUACAUGUUACAUUGGUUUAUUCUUGUGCUUUCUGUAUUCAGAUUUUUGGCUGUACUAAGCAAAUGCAAGGUUCUAAAUUUAGCUAAUAGUUUACAGACAAUUCAGAUGAUUAUGAUUUCAUUUGGCUUAACUGAGUUGUACUAGUUCAUUUCAUAAGGAAAUAAUACUGUAGACAAAUGUAAAUAAAAUCUGUGAGUCAAGCAUCAAGUGGUGUUUGUUAGAAAUAAACCAUUUCUGAGCUGUGA